AGUGUUUCCUCCUUUAAAUGAAAUGUCUACUUUGCAAGUAUUGCAAGUUGCCCUGUUGUCAUCCGUUCUUGUAAAGUAUAACCAAUCUUUUGAGCGUAUGAGCCGCUUAGGCGCCCUGUCAGGUAAAUGACGCUCCGCAACGUGGUGAUGUCAUUCGGGGUGACUGGAAUCGAUAAGGGAAUCAUUUGCAAAAAUGGCAAACAAUUCCAAGGAAUUGAAAGAGUGAAAACCGGUUCUCAACAAGAACCGGGUUUCGAUACCCAUCCCUAGCCAGGUUGUCAGCCAACAGCCAAAAACAUGAGUGAAAAAGCAGGCAAAGAAGAACUUCCUUAAAGCCUGAAAAACGACUGCUCAAGAGCACUUUAAAAGUCACAAGGAAGUCGAGCUCCUUGGAAGUAUAAAAAAAAAAAAACAGAGGUGGCUCAAGAAUUUUACACACAUUAAAAAAAAAACAUAGAUGCGCUGUGUGGUGGGUCUUGGUCAGGUUCUUACUGGUUUCUAUGGUUCCAGUUGAGAUGGGCUGUCUGGGCGGCAAAACGGAUGAAGAACGACUGGAUGAAAAGGCAAAGAGAGAAGCAAAUAAGAAGAUCGAGAAGCAGCUGCAGAGGGAACGACAGACGUACAAAGCUACACACAGACUCUUACUGUUGGGUGCAGGAGAAUCGGGUAAAAGCACCAUUGUCAAACAGAUGAGGAUUCUUCAUGUGGACGGCUUUAAUGCUGAGGAGAAGCAGCAAAAGGUUCAGGACAUCAGGAAGAACGUGAAGGAUGCCAUCGUGACAAUUGUGUCAGCUAUGACUAUUCUGGCUCCGCCCAUUCCCCUGGGUAACCCUGGUAACCAGUUCAGAGCGGACUACAUCAAGAGCAUCGGUCCUCUGUCUGACUUUGAAUACACCGAGGAGUUCUUUGAGCAUGCUCAGAAGCUGUGGGAGGACGACGGUGUGAAGGCGUGCUUUGAGCGUGCCAAUGAAUAUCAGCUGAUUGACUGCGCUCAGUACUUCCUGGAUCGGCUGGACUCAGUCCGGAGGCCCGAUUACUCACCCACCGAUCAGGACCUGCUGCGCUGCAGAGUUCUGACUUCCGGGAUUUUUGAAACCAGGUUUCAGGUGGACAAAGUCAACUUCCAUAUGUUUGAUGUAGGAGGACAGCGGGACGAACGCAGAAAGUGGAUUCAGUGCUUCAACGAUGUGACCGCCAUCAUCUUUGUGGCAGCGAGCAGCAGCUACAACAUGGUGAUCCGCGAGGACAACUCCACCAAUCGGCUGCGAGAAUCUCUGGACCUCUUCAGAUCUAUCUGGACCAACAGGUUCCUGAAGACGAUUUCAGUGAUUCUCUUCCUGAACAAACAGGAUGUUCUUGCUGAGAAGAUUCUGGCUGGAAAGUCGAAGCUGGAGGAUUAUUUCCCAGAAUAUAACAACUACCAGCUUCCUGCUGAUGCGGUUCCAGACAAUGAUGAAGACCCCAAAGUGAUGAGGGCCAAGUUCUUCAUCAGAGAUGAGUUUCUGAGGAUCAGUACGGCGAGCGGUGACGGCAAACAUUACUGCUACCCUCACUUCACCUGUGCUGUUGACACCGAGAACAUCCGCCGUGUCUUCAACGACUGCCGUGACAUCAUCCAGCGGAUGCACCUGCGGCAGUACGAACUGCUCUGAUUGACUGCUGGGCGCUGCCUGGCUCCGCCCACUCUGAAGAAGCCAAUAAGUAAUCGAUGCAGAUAGCCAAUCAAUGCUUAUAGCGUAUAUGAUAUUUAUUAGUGAUUAUUGAUUAGGACAGACUCUUAUUAGCUGUGUGUUCCAUGUGCUUUAUGUCCUGCAGGGCAUUAUGGUCAGAAUUUUAGCCAUGGCAGCAAUGUGUCAUGUGGGAGGAGGUGGAGUCUGGAAAUCCAUUUUUACAUGUUUUUUGUGUUAUCUUUACCAUGAUUGGCUGAUCCAUUUGAAUAAUUAAACGCCUUUGUUUACCUGUGAACUCGGGGUCAAAGGUCAGUCUUUAUUCUGAAGCUGCUCAAAUGUUUUUAUUUGUUAUUCAGAGAGUUAAGUGUUUAACUUGUGUGUCCUGGCUCCGCCACGGUAACCUAUAGACUCACGAUUCAUGUCCACAACAGAUGGAAUAUCAUGUGAAAUCAAGCGACUCAGUCUUCAAAACUGAUUUCCAAAUUAAAAUUCAGGGAUUUUUCUACCACCCUUAAAAAACCUGUUUACAUUUUAAGAGCUUCACGUUGUUGAUUUCAUGCUAAAAAAUCCCUGGAGUGCCGCGGCUAUGGCUGCAGCCUAUCCGCAGUUCAGGAUACAAGCAUUUCACUACAUGUUUACUAUAUGUUGUACUGUGUAUGUGACAAAUAAAAUUUGUAUCUGUGUCUGAUAAAAGGCUGGAAAUAGAACGAUAGUGGCGUUCACGAGAAUGGAACAUCAAAGAUAAAAAAUGUUUGACGUUUACAACCUGUCUGUGUUUUUCCAACA